ACGAGUCUGGAUGUCUCCAGAGGCAGGAGAAGGCGACAGUUAUUCCCAAACAAUCCCUGUUGCUGAGAACCUCCUGCAUUGUCUCAGCAGGGCGUGUGUGGGGGUGAGUUCACCCUGCAGAAUGCUGUCGGACAUGCCAAGCUGAAUUCAUCAGAGGGGAGAUCCACCUCAGCCAACCCAGCCCAGCCCGGCAUAAAAGGGCUCUCCCAGCCCGUGCCCGGCGCAGGUUCGUCCCUCUCCUCAUCCCGCCCACUCCUCGCUCGGGGCCAGCGCCUCCGCUCCUCUAUUCCCGCCGCAGCAUCCAUCCAUCCAUCCAUCCAUCCAUCCAUCCAUCCAUCCAUCCAUCCCGAUCCCGAUCCCGAUCCCAAAACCCAGCCGGGCCAUGUCUCGCCAGUCCACCGUGCGGAUCCAGCGGGGCCGGAGCGGCUUCAGCGCCGCCUCGGCCGCGGUGCCCGGCACGUGCCGGACCAGCUUCAGCUCCUGCUCCGUCACCCGCCUGGGGGGCUGCGGCGCCGGCAGCGGCUUCGCCAGGGUCGGGGGGGGCUUCGGCAGCAAGAGCCUCUACAACGUCGGCGGCUGCAAGAAGAUCUCCGUGGCUGGGAGGGGUGGGAGCUUCUACGGAGCCGGGAGCGCCUACGGCGGCGGCUUCGCCAACCUCGGCUACGGGUACCCCGCCUUCCCGGCGGGGGGGAUCCACGAGGUCUCCGUCAACCAGAGCCUCCUGAAGCCCCUCAACCUGGAGAUCGACCCCAACAUCCAAAGGAUCCGGAAGGAGGAGAAGGAGCAGAUCAAAACCCUCAACAACAAAUUCGCCUCCUUCAUCGACAAGGUUCGGUUCCUGGAGCAGCAGAACAAGGUGCUGGAGACCAAGUGGAGCCUCCUGCAGGAGCAGGGCAUGAAAACCGUGAGGAACAACCUGGAGCCGCUUUUCGAGACCUACAUCAACAACCUGAGGGUGCAGCUCAACAGCCUCCUGAGCGACAAGGGGCGGCUGGAGGGGGAGCUGCUCAACACCCAGUACCUGGUGGAGGACUUCAAGAAGAAGUACGAGGAUGAGAUCAACAGGAGGACCAUCGCCGAGAACGAGUUCGUGACGCUCAAGAAGGAUGUGGACGGUUCCUACAUGAACAAGGUGGAACUACAAGCCAAGGCAGACGCUCUGACUGAAGAGAUUAAUUUCCUGAGAACCCUCUACGAGGCCGAGCUGUCCCAGAUGCAGACCCAGAUCUCCGACACCUCGGUGGUGCUGACCAUGGACAACAACCGGAACCUGGACCUGGACAGCAUCAUCUCCGAGGUGAAGGCGCAGUACGAGGACAUCGCCAACCGCAGCCGCGCCGAGGCCGAGUCCUGGUACCAGACCAAGUACGAGGAGCUGCAGGCCACGGCCGGCAGGCACGGGGACGACCUCAGGAACACCAAGCAGGAGAUCUCCGAGCUCAACCGGCACGUGCAGCGGCUGCGCUCCGAGAUCGACAGCGUCAAGAAGCAGUGUGCCAACCUGAAAGCCGCCAUCGCCGACGCCGAGGAGCGCGGGGAGCUCACCCUCAAGGACGCCAAGGCCAAGCUGGCCGAGCUGGAGGACGCCCUGCAACAGGCCAAGGCCGACCUGGCCCGGCAGCUCCGCGAGUACCAGGAGCUCAUGAACGUCAAGCUGGCCCUGGACAUCGAGAUCGCGACCUACAGGAAGCUGCUGGAGGGCGAGGAGUGCAGGCUGGCUGGAGACGGCGUCCCGGUGAAUAUCUCCGUCACCAGGACGACCGUGGGCUCGGGCUACGGGGCCGGGAGCAACCUGAGCGUGGCCGGGGGGAUGUGCGGGCUGGGCAGCGGCUUCGGCUGCGCCCCCGGCCCCGGGGGGAGCAGCGCCCUCGCCGCCGGCAGCAGCUCCAGCGUGAAGUUCGUGUCCACCUCCUCCACCCGGAGAAGCUACAGGAGCUAAAAGCCCUCCCCGCAGACGCCGUCACGCGCCAGAAACCCCGAAACCCCCCCAAAACUGCGGCGCUGGGGCGUCGGCGGGGUCGGCAGAGUGAGGGGCCCCUAAGCCCCCUAAGCCUUGUCCCGCGGGAGCCCCACUUUAGGAACUCUCUCUCUCCCCGCUGGCCGCGAGUCCAGCUGGUUAAAAUUCGCUUGGGUCAGCUCAGCAGGGUGUUUUUGGCCGGAUUUUGUACAUAAAGUGUGUCUCGUCCCGUGACCCUUCGUCUCCUCUUCGCUCGCCGGUGUUUGUCUGAAUAAAACAUGCACACCUAAUUUA